CUUGGGAGGCUGGGACCGGGAGCACUGAGAAAGCAGGUGGGAGCAGGUGGAAGAGAAAGGAGAGAGCGGAGUGGACACAAAGGAGCGCCAGGACUUGGGGAGAACGGGGUGGAGGGGCGCCACAUAUUGGGAGCAGAGGGUUUGGCCAUUCCUGGCUUCCGUUUAUUUAGUUGGUUUGCUAAAUUGAAGGGUCGGGCCCGCCUGGGAAAGGGAAUCUGGGGUGAGGCAGAGACGGCGUGUAGGGAGGGGCCUGUGUGUGGGGCAAGUGGUGUGAGUCCCUUGUAGGGCACGUGUGCCCUGGCCUGGCCCUGGAUGCCAUGGCUCCUGCGGGAGGAGAGCCUGAAGGCCUGGCGGGCUAGCAACCAUACGCAAAGACUAUUUGUGAUCCAGAUUCCAGCCCACUGAAACAUGGAGAGGAAAAUGCCAUCCAGAGAGAGCCCUCGAAGACUCUCUGCCAAGCCAGGCCGAGGCACAGAGGUGAAAAGAGUAGCUCGACCGCUCGGCGUGGUGGCUCCUGACUCAGACAAGGACUCUGGUUUUUCAGAUGGGAGCUCAGAAUGCUUGAGCUCCGCAGAGCAGAUGGAGUCAGAGGACUUGCUGAGUGCUUUGGGCUGGAGUAGGGAGGACAGGCUGAGGCCGAGCUCCAGAGCCGCAAGCACUGCCUUCCCUGCGCUGUCCCCUAUGGUGGUCAUGAAGAACGUGCUGGUCAAGCAGGGCAGCAGCUCAUCCCAGCUCCAGUCAUGGACUGUCCAGCCCUCCUUUGAGGUGAUCUCAGCACAGCCACAGCUCUUUGUUCUUCAUCCACCUGUGCCAUCCCCUGUCAGCCCAUGCCACACUGGUGAAAAAAAGUCAGAUUCCAGAAACUACUUGCCCAUUCUAAAUUCUUACACCAAAAUAGCCCCCCACCCAGGCAAAAGGAGCCUUUCCCUUGGCUCAGAAGAAAGAGGAUCAAGUGGAAUACCGAAGAAAGUCUGUACCGAGAGACUGGGGCCAGUCCUGUCUUCCAGUGAGCCAGCCAAGACUGGCCCUGUGCUGUCCAGUCCUUCUACCCCAGCCCCACCCAGCUCCAAACUCACUGAGGACUCUGCUCUGCAAGGAGUGCCCUCCCUGGGGGCUGGUGGGAGUCCACAGACUCUUCAGCCUGUGUCUAGCAGUCAUGUGGCUAAGGCGCCCAGCCUGACUUUUGCAUCGCCUGCCAGUCCUGUGUGUGCAUCAGACAGCACUCUGCAUGGCUUAGAAAGCAGCUCCCCUCUGUCGCCACUGUCAGCCAGUUACAGUUCACCGCUGUGGGCUGCAGACCUCUGCCGCAGCUCAGACAUCUUUUCCGAGCAGAGGCAGAGCAAGCACAGGCGCUUCCAGAAUACCUUAGUGGUCCUCCACAAGUCUGGUUUGCUUGAAAUCACUUUGAAGACCAAGGAGUUGAUUCGUCAGAACCAAGCAACUCAGGUGGAACUAGACCAGCUGAAGGAGCAAACCCAGAUGUUUAUAGAGGCCACCAAGAGCAGGGCUCCUCAGGCGUGGGCCAAGUUGCAGGCAUCACUGACAUCUGGGUCCAGUCAUUCAGGCAGUGACCUAGAUGCAUUGUCUGAUCACCCAGACAUAUAGCACAGAGGCGUUUUUCAGUUAUUUGAGUGGUUCUUUUAACUCUUUUGCUAUUACUACCUACACCUGUUUUCCACAGCCUAGUUAAGAGCUUUUCUUUCUAAACUCACGAAGCCACGUGCCAGUCCCUUGCUGAUGUCCUAAUCUGUGGUUCAUGCACAGGUUAAGUGUGUUUAUGUUCCUCUGAGGACCUCCACUUGGGAGUAUCUGUGAGUCCCUUUUUCUUAGCCUGUGGGCACUUAGCUGGAUCUUGGGACAAAGGAGAGAUGACUGUGUGGGUCUCUUCCAACUUCCCACUCACUAUCCAUGAUCCAAGGUGCAGUGACAUGGAUGAGUGUACAGUAUGACAUUUGUCAAACCAAGGAGUAGGUGACCUAAGGAUCCCUUCUUGGGCCUCCUCAGGUAUCUUAGUCACAGAGAAAAAUAAGCCGAUGUGUUUGUAUUCUACCAGGCAUCGUGCCAGUUGGGUGAAACCUAAAAUGCUUUGGGCACAGGUUGUGCCUGGGUGCAAGCAUUUAAUCACAUGAGGCUUUGUUUCUUACACUUGAAAGUCAAGGGAGAAAGGGCAGAGCCAUCUGACUCACACCGAUCACACCAGAUCUCACAAGUAGGCACAUCCUUCAGAUUUUUAAAAACAGACUGAUUUAGUAUCAUCUGGAGUUGUAUGAGUUGUUUUUUUGAUUAAAGGGUCAAAGAAGCCAGCAUUUUUGUCACUAGCUGGAAAGUUUUGUUACUUCAUGCUCGAAAUAGCACACAACCUAUCUUACAUCUAAAACACUUGAGUCAGGAUUGCAAGGUGCCUCAGUGAGUAGGGGUACUUGCUGCCAAGCCAGAUGGCCUGAAUUUGAUCCCCUGAACCUACACAGCAGGAGAGAACCAACUACUGCAGUUUGUCCACCACACAUGCACAGACACACUAGAUAAGUAAAUGAAUAUAAAGUUAAAAAACAAGCCACCAUCAUCAUUAACAUAAUCAAAAGCCCGAGAUGGCUUCAGUGGAUCCUCAGAGUCUGAUGUAAGCUUCCCUCUGCUGGGCCUCACCUGCUGUUUCUGUGACGGAAGAAUGACUGUGCUCAUACAUUUUGAAUUAAGUGAAACCCUGAGGUUAGAACAAGGCACAAAAGACCCUUCUCCAUUCACAUCUGAGUCUCACCCAUCCCUGUGGUGAUGGGGAGCCACUGUGGAAGUCUUGUGUUUGGUGUUAGAUGUGGCAGCAGAGCUGAAGUGUGGUUCCUCUCUGAGGCUGGCCUUAGGACGAAGAAUGUGAGGAGGUUCCAGAUGACAUUCUUUUCAGCUUCCCUGUGCUGGGAACUAAAUGUCUAAACAGUAAAGAUUCAAAGGGUUGUAUCCACUUGUUCAAAUUUUCAUCCUCAUGAAAAUCUUUGUUUUUACAAAUUAACCUGGUUCUGUGACCAGCAUCAUCUUUCUGCAGAGAGAGCCCUCGUGGGUCUUUACUAGGUCCAGAGCAAAGGGUCACAUCUACUAGGAGUUGUAAUUCUAACAUAGUUUAAAAAUUGUAAGACUCAGGUUGACUCUACUGUGUUUAUAAAGACAUGAUUUGGAUAUGAUUGGUUGAAAAAUAAUUAACUUGGUGAUCUACUCUGAUCAACACAGAAUUCUUACCUGCUGUUUGCUUUCUGAAAGAGUUUCCAAAAGCAGAGCCAGUGUCUCUGGGCAGACUCAGCUCCUUGGGAUACACUCCCCCUAAAUCUGUAUGGUAUCGUAGUCAAUUCACUCUCACUCCACUAGGAAGCUUCCUUUUUGGCAGAAUGUUUGGCAGGAAAGCUGUAGAGACAGGUGCAUUCAGAGCAGCCUGGGCACCAGCCAUGAGUUUUACCAAGCGUUGGAAGGCUGGAAGCACUUGCUGAGAACCAAAUGUACCCCACUGGAAAAACCCUCAGUGGAGAGCUAUGAGCCUCUUGGACUCUUUCUUCUGGAUUUGGGCUUUCAUUUCCCUUCCUGUCCCCAUAAAAGAUGAUGAAAGCCACCAUAGAUCUUCACUGCUGAGUGGCAGGCAGGGUUAGCACCCCCAGUCACUGCUCCUCUGUGAUCUCAGAGCCGUAGCUGCAAGUGUCUAGGCUGUUAGUGCAGUGCUGUGUUCCUGGAGGAGCUGGAAGCAGAUGGAUUCCAGUAGAGAAGCUAGAUCUUAGAAGGAGCGAUACUUUGAGGUCAGAGGCUAGAGCAGCAUCGGAGGAAGCCUGGAGUGGAGCGGAAAGAUCUUCAUUGGUCACCCAACGCUGUAAUGUAAGUAGCAAUGGCCUCAGUGGUGCAUGCUGUAAGUCCUUAUGAAGCAUUGUGCAGGGCUGUUGUUUCCCAAGCUGAGAAGUCAGUUUUAGCUCAGGCUAACCCACAGGAGAUCCUUUGUCGGGUUGUAUUGGCAAUAUUGGAACAAAGGGACAGAAAGGUUCCUGGUUGAAUUGGUUAUAGAAUUACCAUCGUUUGUAGUUUACUACUGACUAUAGCAUCGUCUGACUUCUCUGGUAUGAUUUCUCAGCACACAAGUUACUCUUGCACAUAAACUGAAGUGGCCUUUCAGCCACAACCUCUUUAGGGUAGAGACUAUUUACCAAAUGUGAAUCCUUUUAAGAAAGUGUGAAGUUAUUUAGAAAUUGACUGUGAAAUGUCAGAGGAAAAAAAAAAUAAAAGUCACUUACUUGAAAACUG